ACCCUAAUUCAGCAGCGAGCUUGUCUCUUGCUCUUUCGCACUUUCUCCUCGCGUAGCCAGCCUCCCUCGCUUCAGGCACCUCGCCGCCGCCGCCGCCGCCGCCGCCGCGGCGCGCCGUCGCGCCACCGUGAGCUCGUCGUCGCCGCGGCCGCUCGCCUUCGUCCUCAAAGAUCUGAGGGUCAUUGACUGAUUUCAUUUGGGCCCAAAGAAAAUGGCAUCGCGUUUCUGGACACAGGGUGGAAGCGACACUGAGGAGGAGAGCAGCGAUUAUGGCAGUGAUGUUGAAGAAAUGGAGGCAGGUGAGUCCACUGCUCCAGCUGCUGGAAGCAGAUACCUCCAGGGGAAUGCGAGUGACAGUGAUGCUUCUGAUGGUCAGCACCGGGUUGUUAAGUCUGCCAAAGAUAAGCGUUUUGAGGAAAUGUCUGCCACUGUUGACCAGAUGAAAAAUGCUAUGAAGAUUAAUGAUUGGGUGAGUUUGCAAGAGAGCUUUGACAAGAUUAACAAGCAGCUUGAGAAAGUCAUGAGGGUCACUGAGUCUCAGAAGGUUCCCAGUCUUUACAUUAAAGCCCUUGUGAUGUUGGAAGACUUCUUGAGUCAGGCUUUAGCAAAUAAGGAUGCUAAGAAGAAGAUGAGUAGCAGCAAUGCCAAGGCUUUGAAUUCAAUGAAGCAGAAGCUCAAGAAGAAUAAUAAGCAGUAUGAAGAGUUGAUUAAUAAGUAUAGAGAGCAUCCUGAAAGUGAGGAAGAGGCGGAGGUGGAUGAGGAAUCAGAGGACGAAGAAUCAGAAGAUUCAGAAAUUGAGGACCCUACCAAGAUUAAUGUUUCUGAUGAGGAUGAGGAUGAUGAGGAUGAUGUGGCUGCGGAUAGUCUCGAUGAUGGCUGGGAGAAGAAGAUGAGCCGGAAAGACAAGCUAAUGGAUAGGCAAUUUAAGAAUCCUAGCGAGAUUACAUGGGAAACUGUUAACAAGAAGUUUAAAGAGGUCGUGGCUGCUCGUGGGAGGAAGGGGACUGGUCGGUUUGAGCAGGUUGAACAGCUCACUUUUUUGACUAAGGUAGCUAAGACCCCUGCCCAGAAGCUGGAGAUUCUUUUUAGUGUUGUAUCUGCUCAGUUUGAUGUUAAUCCGGGUCUCAGUGGUCACAUGCCAAUCAAUGUGUGGAAGAAAUGCGUGCAGAAUAUGCUUGUUAUCCUUGACAUUCUUGUGCAGUAUUCCAACAUAGUAGUUAGUGAUUCAGUGGAGCCUGAUGAGAAUGAGUCUGAGAAGGGUCCGGACCAUAACGGGACAAUUAGGAUUUGGGGAAAUUUGGUAGCCUUUCUAGAGAGGAUAGAUUCCGAGUUUUUUAAGAGCUUGCAAUGCAUUGAUCCUCACACACGUGAAUAUGUUGAAAGGCUUAGGGAUGAGCCCAUGUUUUUAGUCCUUGCUCAAAAUGUUCAAGAAUACUUGGAACGUGUUGGAGAUUUUAAAGCUGCUUCAAAGGUGGCUUUACGGCGGGUGGAGCUUGUAUAUUAUAAGCCUCAGGGUGUCUAUGAUGCUAUGAGGAAAUUGGCUGAGCAGACUGAAGAUGAUGGCGAUGAGACAGGGGAAGAGCCUAAGGUUGAGGAGAGCAGGGGCCCACCUGCAUUUGUUGAUACUCCUGAACUUGUGCCGAGGAAACCAACUUUCCCUGAGAAUAGCAGGACACUGAUGGAUAUUCUGGUGUCCCUUAUAUACAAGUAUGGAGAUGAGCGAACUAAGGCCCGUGCAAUGCUUUGCGACAUCUAUCACCAUGCUCUCUUGGAUGAGUUCUCAACUUCUCGCGACCUGUUGUUGAUGAGUCACCUGCAGGAUAGCAUCCAGCAUAUGGAUAUUUCGACCCAGAUACUUUUUAACAGGGCUAUGGCACAGCUUGGUCUGUGUGCAUUUCGGGUUGGCCUUAUAGCUGAAGGACAUGGUUGCCUUUCUGAAUUAUAUUCAGGUGGAAGGGUAAAGGAAUUACUUGCACAAGGUGUUUCUCAAAGUCGGUAUCAUGAGAAGACCCCAGAGCAGGAGAGAAUGGAAAGGAGACGUCAAAUGCCUUAUCACAUGCACAUAAACCUUGAGCUUCUCGAAGCCGUCCAUCUAAUCUGUGCCAUGCUAUUAGAAGUCCCCAAUAUGGCAGCAAACAACCUCGAUGCUAAGCGCAGAGUAUUAAGUAAGAACUUCCGGCGAUUGCUCGAGGUGAGCGAGAGGCACACAUUCACUGGACCCCCAGAAAAUGUGAGGGACCAUGUAAUGGCAGCCACGAGGGCCCUAAGCAAGGGAGACUUCCAGAAGGCCUUCGAUGUCGUCCAGUCUCUCGACAUCUGGAAACUCCUCAGAAACAAGGACACUGUCCUUGAGAUGGUCAAGGCUAAGAUUAAGGAAGAGGCUCUGAGGACCUAUCUCUUUACCUAUUCAUCCUCCUAUGAUUCAUUCAGCUUGGAUCAGCUUACCAAAAUGUUUGACCUCUCGGAGGCACAGGCACACAGCAUCGUAAGCAAGAUGAUGAUCAAUGAGGAGCUUCAUGCUAGCUGGGACCAGCCAACCCGGUCCGUUAUCUUCCAUGACAUUGAGCACACGAGGCUCCAGGCCCUAGCUUUCCAUCUCACGGAGAAACUGGCAAUUCUGGCAGAAAGUAAUGAGAGGGCUGCAGAAGCUAGAAUUGGCGGUGGUGGUUUGGAUUUGCCUGUGAGAAGGAGAGAUGGCCAGGACUAUGCUGCGGGCUCAGCUGUAGGUAGUGGUAGGUGGCAAGAUGGCUCGUCUUUCACUCAGGGGAGGUCAGGAAAUGCCGGCGGUGGGAGGCAAAUGACAAGCGGUGGCGGUGGCUAUUCCAGGCAGUUUCGUGGCACAGGUGGAUAUUCUGGUGGCAACCGGUAUCAGGAUUCUGCUCAUGGUGGAUCAGGGAGGUCUGCUUAUCAGACUGGUUCUGCAGCAAGGGCGUCUCAUCUGGAUGGUUCGGCUCGCAUGGUAAGUCUGAACCGGGGACUUCGUGCCUAAGAGGAACUUCCGUUGGUCUCUGAAGACAAGGAUAUAUUGGCAAUUUGCAUUGAUUGAUACGUGGGCCUCUCAAGUAGAAAGCACUUUUUUCUGCUUAAUUGAGUUUUGACGCUCAAAAACUGUUUAUCUGAGUUUUUUGUGGGCGUAUCCUCAAUGUGGAAUGUUGUAU